AGGAAAAAGAAUAACGAUGGAAGCUCAACAAAACGGUUCUGGUCCCGCGGCUGAAAUCAAGACCGACAGCGAGGCGCACGUGAAACAAAAUGGCCAUCAUGAGCCGGCCGAGAGAUUCCGCUUCACCCCGGAGCCGAGUCUGGAGGACAUCAGGCGGAUGCAAGCCGAGUUCACAGACGAACGCGACUGGAACCAGUUCCACCAGCCGCGAAACCUGCUGCUGGCGCUUGUCGGGGAGGUGGGCGAAGUGUCCGAGUUGUUCCAGUGGCGCGGUGAGGUGACGGAAGGUUUGCCCGGCUGGUCCGAGGCAGAGCGCGAGAACCUGGCCCACGAGCUCAGCGACGUGCUCAUCUACCUGUUGGAGCUCGCCGAGAAGUGCCGCGUGGACCUGCCACAAGCCGUGCUCCGCAAGAUGGCCCUCAACCGCCUCAAAUACCCGGCCAGCAAAGUGCACGGCUCAGCCAAGAAAUACACCGAGUACCAGGACUGAAAAGACCAGCACAGGACCUUCCCAAUAUCCACCUCUACACCCAGGACCAGCACAUCACCUUCCCAAUCUCCAUCUCUACACCCAGGACCAGCACAGGACCUUCCCAAUAUCCACCUCUACACCCAGGACCAGCACAUCACCUUCCCAAUCUCCAUCUCUACACCCAGGACCAGCACAGGACCUUCCCAAUAUCCACCUCUACACCCAGGACCAGCACAGCACCUUCCCAAUCUCCAUCUCUACACCCAGGACCAGCACAGGACCUUCCCAAUCUCCAUCUCUACACCCAGGACCAGCACAGCACCUUCCCAAUCUCCAUCUCUACACCCAGGACCAGCACUGGACCUUCCCAAUCUCCAUCUCUACACCCAGGACCAGCACUGGACCUUCCCAAUCUCCAUCUCUACACCCAGGACCAGCACUGGACCUUCCUAAUGUGCAUCAUCACUUGAGAGAAUUUUCACUCCAUGCUCUGUGCACACGGUUCAUAAUUUGAGCAAAAGUUUAGAGAUUAUUGAUAAAAUGGGUCAAGUUUAAUCCAUAGAAAAUAUUUUUUGGUGACUCAUUUUUGUAAUCGCAAUCAGUUCUUAGAUUUCAAAGUCGUGCUGUUCUUAAUGGUUUCUGCAAAUUUUUAUUCUAAAAAGUGUGGGGUUUUAUUGCUUUUAAAUCAUCAGUGUAAAUUCGCUCCUACUAUGCAUGUAUAGUUGUAUUAUAUAUAUUUUUUCUAUUGAAAGUGCAACAUUGGGUUCUGCCUACACACACACACACACACUUGUUAAGGUCUCUGAGUAAAUGCAGUCUGUUGCACUUAAA